AAAGAAAACUCAAAAUCCACGGACGGCACAUUAAAAGAAUGUAAGAGUCAUUGGUAAAGGAAUCCAACUGUUGCGCAGUCAAUUAAUCCUUGCUCGUUGCGUAUAAGGUCCAUUGCAUUUGCAUUAGGGAAACAUAAUCGAGGAGGGGGUUAGUAAUAAUGGAGGGCGAGGUUAUCGCAAACCAGAGCAAGAAUUUAUUGGAUCGCUGUGGCGCCGAUUCUAUUUCCCUCGCCAAUGCCCGUCGACGCAUAAAAGCAACAAAAAAGCCGAACGACGUAGAAGAGAUUUUUCCCAACAUGUCGACGCCACCGCGAAGACCAGUCAAGAUUCGGGCGGGGAAAUCCCACCCCUACGCCACGGGGCUGCCCGUUGCUUCCCUCCCAAAAUCUAAGCUUCCCCGGGGCCACGGCAGCAAUAGCGGCUCGAGCGACACCGGCACCGGCAUCGGUACCGGCACCGGCACACCGGUCUCACCCCACUUCCAAGGCUGCGCCUCCCGCCACCACGAAAGCGCCUCCUCGGCCAUGAGUCGAACGGCCGCGAGAGCGGCGCAUCAGUCGAGUUCGAGAGUCCGAGCCGAGCGGUCGUGCGGUCAAAGAGAGAGAGCGAGAGCGAGAGCGAAAAUCGGACAGACGCCAGCGGCGCACGGAUACACGUGUGCUUCUUCGAGCUCAGCGGCCAAUCAUCGAGAGAUGUGGAGUGAGAAUUGCGCGGGUGGUGGCGAAUCGACGAGCGGCAACUUCACGGGCUACUGCGACCAGAAUACGGAGAUGAGAGCCCUGGGACCGCCGUCCGCGAGCGCCGAGCUCGAGCUCAGCGAGCACCUCGUGCGUAACCUCAGCCUCAAGCACGCCGGCAUCAACAAUCUCGAGGCGGGCAGACGCCAGCAGCUCCUCCUCCUCCACCAUCAGUUGAACGUCAAGCGAUCCGAGCAGGGUGCCGAGUUCCUUGAGCAACCCUACGAGUUCUUCUUCAAGCAGGACGCUGACGGCGACACGCAGCUGCAUAUAUCCAUAGCCAUGAGUCACGUGGAGGCGUCGCUUUGGCUCAUUCAGAUGGCCCCGCACCCCUGCCUCCUCGACAUCAUGAACGACGACUCGCAGACGGCGCUGCACAUGGCGGUGGUGAGCCGCGAGUCCGUCAUCGUCCGCAGGCUCGUGCUCGCUGGGGCCAACACGAGUCUGAGAACGGUCGGCGGCAAUACGGCCCUUCACCUGGCUUGCGCCAUCGGCGACUUUGCCAGCGCCAAGGCUCUCCUCGAGCCCCUCAACAUCCUCGAGAGAAAUUGGUUGGCGAGCACCGUGCCCAAGUACGACAUAAUGCCACUCACCCAGAAUCUCGAGACCCGAAACUAUAUUGGUAAAACGUGUCUUCACAUAGCCGCGGCCAAGGGUCAGCUGGAACUCGUGGAACUGCUGGUGCUCUCAGGGGCGUGCGCGGGCACGCAGGAGGGCCUCGGCGGCAAGACGGCGCUUCAUCUAGCGGUGGAGAACGGCUGCCGCGAGGUAGUGCACUACCUCGCCCGUGAGUGCCGCUCGUGCCUCGACGCUGUUACGUACGGCGGCCUCACGGCCUAUCAAACCGCCCUCGAGCUCCAGCCUCAGCUUGCGCAGGAUCUCCUCUGUCUCGGGGCCAGUCCUGGCGUCCAUCCAUGCGAGAUCGAUACCAGUAGCGAUAGUGGCAGCAGUAGCGGCGGCUCCGACGACGAGGUCGACGUCGACGUUUACGUGCCGAACAUCAGCCCCUUUUCGAGGCUCACCCUCACACCGAACGCAGCUGUCAUUACAGCCUGAGGAGGCCGACGUAUAAAGCAACAGUACUGGAUGGAUGAGGGAGCGAGAUUUGUCAUCGACGGCUCUUAGCCCGGAUGCGCUAUACAUAUUUAUCGAGUCCGUAACAAGUAUACGUACCGAGAAGGAGGAGGAGGAGGACUAGGA